AUGGUACCGCCGUUACCUUGGUGACAGGUUCUGUGGUUAAGAAACAAAGUGCUAGGUUGAAUACGAUUGAACGCGAACAGACCCCGACGUUUUCUUGUAACAGUUUGAGCUAGCCUACUUAUCAAUAUUAUAAUUUGUUCCCGAUCUUAACAAGCUUUUCCCUCUACGUGAGAAUUAGGACUAACAUGUCAAAACAGGAGGGAGAUCUUGAAAAGUUUCUCAAGAAUGUUGAUGAGAUAAGCACUUUGGUGGAGGAGCUGAACUCCUCCAGUGAGUGUUGUCAGAGGAAAGCCAUAGAGAAUGCAGACCGCCUGAUAGCCUCUUGGAAGCAAGAAGAACCGUGCAGGACCCGACUCAAUAGGACAGUAAUAAACACCAAGACGUCGCAGCAAGCGACACCACCCACGGAUUUGAAAAAUGACUCUGAGAUUAGUUCUGAGGAUUUCAUGAGGAUUUUAGAAAAGGAUGCGGAAGACAGAGCGGAGAGGAGGAAGAAAAAUGAAGAACUUGCGUACGAGCUAAAAGCGAAAGGGAACGAGGCCUUCGCUCGUGGCGACUACGAGGCGGCCGUCCUGCAUUACACAGAGGGGCUGCAGAAGCUGCGCGACAUGCCAGCGCUCUACACCAACCGGGCACAGGCCUAUAUCAAGCUGCAGAAGUUCAAGGAGGCCAUCAGUGACUGUGAUUGGGCGCUGAGGUGCGACGAGAAGUGCGUCAAGGCGCUGAUUCACAUGGGCAGAGCCCACCAGGCCCUGAAGAACUACACGGAGGCACGAGGAUGCUAUCAAAGGAUUUUGGACAUUGAGCCUGGCCGAGCUGCCUUGGUAAAACAGUACCUGACCCAGGUGGAUCUGGAGGAAAAGAAAGAGGUGCAGGAGAAGAGAUCGCGGGAUGAGUUUGAGAAGGGGAAAGAAGAGGCUUUGACUGUGCACCUCCUGCUGGAAAAGCUAAAGAAACCAGAGCAGAUGAUCAUGUACUACUGCGGAGGCCUAGAGCUGCUCUCUCAGGCCAUAACCGACUGCACUGGCCAGACGCUCUUUAGGUUGAACGACGGCUUCGGUGUCAUCAGUGGCAAUGACGCUGUGAGGAGGUGCCUGUGCCGGAGCUCAGCGGCGGCGCUUUCUGAAGAGCUGUGCGUCUCUGUGCUGAAGCUGUGGAGCGCAGUCUGCAGGGCAAACGAGGAGAACCAGCGGCUGUUGCUGCAGGGCUCUCUGGAGCAGGAGUGCGUGGUGCAGCUGCUGGCAUCGGGGGGCGCUGGAGUGCGGAGCCAGUGCCUGGAGCUGCUCUGCGUGUUCACACAGGACCAACAUGGCCGCCGCUUGCUCAUUGGCCUGCCGGAUCUGCACGUGCUGGUGAAGAGCCUCAUGAAGUGCCUGUGUGACGAGGACCCAUCCGCGGAACGCGCGCUGUCUGUUCUGGGAGCGCUGGCGGCGGAAGAGCGAUUUCGCACCCUGUUGAGGGAAGACUUUGCAGCAUUAUUUGUUCCUCCGUUUGUAAGAUACCUGAGAAAUAUCACUUCAGCCAACCGCAGUCUGCUGCCUUUGCUCAUAUCAGUUUUGUUCAGUAUGGCUUCUGACAGCUUCAUCUGCGGAGAGAUUGCCCAGUGCAAGGACUGCUGGGAAGCCUUUCUUAUUGCCAUGGAGCGGUGUUCGCAUGGUGAAUACAGAGACGUCCUCGGCGCGCUGCUGGGCCUGCUGAUAAAGCUCUCGGCCCGGCCCUUCCCGCCCGUCCAGGACUAUGCUGUUCCCAUCAGCUGCCGGUGCUUGGCCUUGCUCAACCAUCCCGACGGACACAUCAUCACUCGGAGCACAGGUGUUCUGAGUAUGGUCCUCCCACAGUCCCAAGAUGCAACACAAGAUGCCGUUAAGGGAGGGAUAGUGAAGAAAAUACUCAAACUACUAAAGGGCUCGGGGCAGACCACCACUCGAUACUGCAUAAAGACCUUGGCAGUGUGCACUGCAACCAGCCAGCAGGCCCGGGAGGAACUGGUCAACCUGGACAAGGGGCUGCGGACUCUGAGGAGGCUGGUGGGCGGGGCCGGGGAGGUGGAGGCGGGGAAUGCGGCGCUGUGUUUGGGACACUGCCUGGACGUCCCGGGAGUGGCCGCCGCGCUCCUGGGGACCGACGUGGUCCUGCUGCUGCUGCGCCACGCCGCCGGGGACGCUGGGAGCGCUGGGAAUGCUGGGAACGGGCGGAAGAGCGGGAGCGCCCAGCAGAACGCCGCCAUUGCCCUGGGGAAGCUGUGCGAGGCCGAGCCCAGACACAUGGUGAAACUCAGAGAACUUCAUGGCCUGGAAAUACUUCACUCCUGUUUGCAACGGACAGCUUAAGGGAGGAAGUGACCCGAGGACUUCGGAAACUACUGGAAGAUGUGGCAUGCUAAGGGGGACGGCUGAAUGUGCUUGCGGCCUUCGCUUUCUGCAGUGAAUUCCGGCGACCGCGGUCUUGUCAGUCAUUACACGUCCCUCUGAGGUUUAAAGCGUAAAAAACGUGUAGAGAGAUCGGAGGUGAAGGGGCCCCUAGAGGUUCCAUUAAGUUGCGGAUUCUCCACACAUUUGUCCUCAGGUUUUGGAGCUGAUGCUUCAUCACGGUCUCACUGCAUACCCCUCAUCCGUAGGGGGUUUCAGAGGUCUCCUCUUCAGUGCGGACGCCCGUGCGAGCCGCUUCCUUCCUUUAGCCUCUAAAAUGCGUCUGCGGCGUUCUCUGUUGACUGUCGACCCUGGACAAUAAACUCAAAACCCGU